UGUGUGUCAGGAAAUGGACGAAUUGAAGGAACGAAGAGCUCUAGAAACCGGUUGGUUGAGCGUGUGGAAGCGAGUUGAAAAUCAAUGUUUCCUCGUGUAGUAUGUUGGAGAUACGUUAUGCCGCUGUGACUCUGAAGAUGAAUCAGUAUGAAAUCUCCUCACAUCGUCUAGUCACUCGCAUACGAGUGAUCUACGUUUCACCAGACCGUGUGAAACUGAAAAUCGAUAACGAGACUGUGUAUUUUGUAUGACCAUUGGAUUUGUUGAUGGUUGCGAAAUCAGUGUGAGCUGUGUACAGUUUAAAAGUGGUAGGAAGUCAUCAAUCGUCAGUCGACAAUCAAUCAAGCAAGCAAACAGGCAAACAAACAAACAAAGAAGCGAACAAUCAGGCGGACAAGUAAACAAACAACCAAACCAAUCGGACAAUCCACAUGGAUUUCCCGAAUUGUUUAUCGGAAUCGACAAUGAAAAUGUCUUUGACGGAAUCUCACGUGAAAAUCUAACUAAACCGAAUCACAGAGAAUGUGUUUGGUUUAAGGCGAUAUAUGGUCACGUAUAUUUGUGUUGUACAGAUAUACGGAAUUCCUAUCAACACGUUCGUGUGUCCCACUGAAAUCAUCGCGUUCAGUGACCAGGUGGAGGAGUUCAACAGUCGAAAUUGUCAAGUGAUCGCCUGUUCUACAGAUUCUCAAUACAGCCAUCUUGCAUGGAACAAUUUGGAUCGUAAAUCGGGUGGAUUGGGUCAGAUGAAAAUUCCUCUGUUGGCCGACCGCACACAGGAGAUCUCCAGAGCAUAUGGUGUAUUAGAUGAGGAGGAUGGUAAUGCAUUCAGAGGUUUAUUCAUCAUUGAUCCGAAGGGAAUUCUACGUCAAAUCACGAUCAAUGACAAGCCAGUUGGACGAUCUGUGGAUGAAACAUUACGACUACUGGACGCGUUCCAAUUUGUGGAGAAGCAUGGUGAAGUGUGUCCAGUGAACUGGAAACGUGGUGAUCAUGGGAUCAAAGUUAAUAAAAAAUAG